AUGGCACCUCAGAUACCCGGGCAGAAUUUCACCAUCCGCGCAGUCACAGCCGGCUUAGCCAUUGGCACAGUCAUCUGUGCUGCCAACGUCUACUUUGGGCUCCAGACAGGAUGGGUUUCCAUUAUGUCUAUGCCUGCUAGUCUAAUGGGAUUUGGUAUUUUUCGCUUGCUGAGACCUCACCUUGAACUGCCAUUUUCUCCCAUAGAAAAUGUUUUUGUUCAAAGCGUAGCCUGUGGUAUGGCUAUCAUGCCACUCGGUUGCGGGUUUGUUGGCGUGAUACCGGCUAUGGACUUUCUCCUUUCUCCCGACGAAAGAGGGCCACUGAAUCUAAGCUUAUGGCGGCUUGUGAUUUGGUCUUUAGGCCUCUGUUACUUUGGCGUUGUGUUUGCAGUACCUCUACGCAAACAAGUGAUUAUCAGAGAACGCUUGAAAUUUCCAAGCGGUUUCAGCACUGCAGUUCUUAUAUCUGUGCUCCAUGGUCAAGAAACACAGUCCAAGCAAGCUCUUGAUGAGGCAUCCAAGGGCGGUUUUGCCAGUCUUGUUCCCCAGGAUCGCGCAGAUGACGUCCAACAAGAGGAAGAGGUUGGUGCUGCAUUGGUGGACGAGCCUACUGCCCCUCGUAGUGGCUUGCACUGGGCGGCGAAUCUGCGACUUCUACUCCUUUCAUUUAUCAUAUCGGGGCUUGCCACAGUACUUACAUACUUCUUUCCCAUUCUCCGGAACAUACCUAUUUUUGGGGCUGCAGCAGCACAAACCUGGUUAUGGACUCUGAACCCCAGUCUCGCAUACGUCGGGCAGGGCAUCAUCAUGGGAACAGAGACAACCAUGCACAUGACACUGGGCGCUCUAAUCGGGUGGGCCAUUCUAAGUCCUCUAGCAAAGUAUAAGGGCUGGGCGCCCGGUCCUGUCGAUGAUUGGGAGAGUGGAAGUAAGGGUUGGAUUGUCUGGAUAUCCUUGGCCAUCAUGCUUGUGGACGCCGUUGUCAGCCUGAGCUACGUUGCCAUCCGGUCAUUAUUCGUGUGCAACGCCAAACUUUCCCCUUCCGCUUUUCCUAACUUCAUGCGCCAAAAGUGGAUGAGAAAGUUUUUACCAGGCAGCAGAGCUCGCUAUGCUCUUCUACGGAGACGAGAUAACGACGACGAUUCAAGUGAAGAUGAAGACGAACCCGAACAGCCCGCCGAACAAGUUGAGGACGAAGACGCCCCGGAGAACCAGCAGAUCAACAAUAUAACGGUUGGAAUCGGGUUGUUGGUCUCCAUAGUCCUCUGCAUCAUCACCAUUUACAUUGUCUUUGGAGAUCUAGUGCCCUUGUAUGCCACAGUAAUUGCCGUCUUCAUGGCGCUGAUCCUGAGCAUUAUGGGUGUCAGGGCUCUGGGUGAAACUGAUUUGAACCCAGUGUCUGGAAUCAGCAAACUAGCGCAGCUCUUCUUCGCACUCAUUGUUCCACAGUCGAACAAAUCAAGCGUGCUCAUCAACCUCGUGGCUGGCGCAGUGGGUGCGCUUCAAGCUGGAGACCUGAUGCAAGACCUGAAAACUGGCCACCUUCUUGGCGCGUCCCCUAAAGCACAAUUUUGGGGACAAAUGAUAGGAGCCACGGCUGGAGCGGUCCUGAGCGCCUUCAUCUACCGUCUAUAUACACGGAUAUACAAGAUCCCCGGUGACCUCUUCCAGGUACCCACGGCGUAUGUCUGGAUCUUUACUGCGCGGCUGGUCACGGGCCAAGGCUUGCCUUAUAUGGCCAAAGAAUGGGCGAUUGCGGCUGGUGCUCUUUUCGCUUGCACCACUGUUUUAAGAACUGUUGCUGUCGGCAAACCGUGGCGCUCGUGGAUUCCGGGAGGUAUCGCUGUAGCUGUUGGCAUGUACAACGUGCCCUCCUUUACCCUGGCUCGGGCCGCCGGCGGUAUACUAGCCUGGGUUUGGCUGCACAUUAUGAAGCGUCCUAGCACACCACUCAUUAUUCUAGCUUCCGGCUUCAUUCUCGGUGAAGGGUUCUUGAGUAUCGUAAAUUUGAUCAUGGAAGGACUAUCAGUUCCUCAUUUCUAA